GGUUACGAUCACGUACGGCAAGAAUUAACUGUCAACAAAUGCAGUCUCCCAUCCCAUUUAUCGAGCCCUUUUCUGUACUUUCACGAUCACGUACUCAUUCGAGUAAGUUAUUCUUCAGAACCAGGUACUAGUUCUUACAAUUCAAGAGGACAAAAUGGGGAAAAUCGAAGGAAUAAUCAACUCAUUUGAGGCAACAUGUGAGAAUUUUGCGAAUCGGGUUUUGCCGCUGCUGCCUGGCCAGAAACGCAUCCUGCUUCUCGCCAACAAAAGCGGCGUAGCUUUCUACUUCGUUAUGUCAGCGAUUAUGUUCUUUGUCAGUACGUUUGUAGUUAUUCCAUUCAACCACAAAAUCGAAAUGAAUGAUCCUACAAUCGACUCGAGUGGACCAACGCCGACUUCAACGUGGAUCCUGAGUUUCUUCAUUGGCAGUAUGAUGCUGAACUAUUUGAGAGCAUAUUUCACUUCCACGUUUUACGACGCAGGCAAACUGAACGUGCCAACAGCGGAAGGCGGUAAAAAUUGGGGCUACUGUGUCCCAUGUCAGCAGUACAUCCCACCCCGAGCCCACCAUUGCUCUGUCUGUAACCACUGUGUCCUGAAGCGAGAAUCACACUGCUUCUUCCUGGGGAAAUGCAUCGGUCACACAAACCAAGGUUUUUUCGUCGUCUACCUCUUCUAUUGCGCCCUCUCAAGCCUCUUCGCACUUCUCCACAUGGGCAUGUACUUGCAUCAUGUGAUCGGACCAAUCGUCUCUUUGAGGAUGCACCAUUACCUGAUCCCCUUCGCUACCUAUCGAUGGAUCAUGGGCUCAUUUGCGACAACGGACUACGUCAUGCUGUUCCUGCUUUACAACACGCUCAUGAUUGGGCUCGGCUGCAGCUUCCUCUUCUUCCAACAGAUCAGUCUCAUCCUGCAGGGUCAGACAAGUUUUGAAGCAGCGAAAAGGGUCAUUCUGUACGACAGUGGAGCCCAUAUGAAUCUUCAGGAUGUCUUUGGGAGGUACUGGUGGAUCCGCUUCAUCCUACCCAUCAAGCUCCCUCAGCCAGUGGAUGGCAUCAAAUGGAGCAGGGUUAAGGAUAUCAAACGAUACUAAAUCACACUGUAAUUAGGGAAAAUGGUACAUAAAGGAUAGCUUUAUCAGCAGUCAUAAUCAUGCAUUAAAAAAAAAUGAUUAUUUCAACUUCCAGAUUUUAUGGCUCAUUGAAAAUCCAAGUAAUCCUUUUAAAACCUUGUAUUGAAUAAAGAAAAAAAAAAGCUAAAACGGGGUAUAUUAAUGAUGACUUGCUAGGAUUUGCAUCAAUUUAUACAAAUUAUUAUUUCAAGAGUACAUACAUGUACAUGUACAUACAACAAUCUACAUGACAUGUACUUGUACAUUUGCAUAAAUGUAGGUUGUUUUAUAAAUUUAUUCAAAUUUAAACUUGUGUUCAUCUAUUUAUCCACUUUGUUCAUGAAGUUGUCUUUCAUCAAUUGGUAUCCUCAGAUUCCACAUGACAAUAUUUCUGAAAUACGUUUUUAGGUGUAUACAUCUAUCGUCAAGUUGAGUGAAAUGCAUCAACUCCCAAAUUAGGUCGUGCCAAAAGGGUGUAAAAUAGUGACAAAGUUUUCUAAAUAGUGGAUUGCUAUAUGGAACUUAUUAAAUGUAUCCUAUUUCACUGUAUCCUACAUCAAUGUAUCGCACAUUGAGAGCCAGAAGGGCUGUGUUUAAUUCAAACGGAUUUCCACAGAUUAUGUAUAAUCAUAGUACUGUUUUUCUUUGUAUACAAACUAAUGUUGUAUGUUUUAUAUUGAACAUCUUAAACUGUAUUCUGAUUAUGCAGAAUGGGUUUGUACCACAAGUGCCAUGAAAACUGCUCUUUCAGUCUUUUAGUCCCUUACAUGUAUUUGUUUCUAUUUUUAUAAGUCAAAAUGAAUUUGAUGUCAUGAAGGAAAAAAAUCACAAGAUGCCUUUUUUAAUAUGAAAAAAAAGGUAUGCUUCAUGCAUUUGGGAAAGGAAAAUGCUGGAAAUUCAAAAUGACUUUCAAUUUCAAAGCAAAUGUUACAGUAAAAUAAUGGGAUACAGGGCUAAUAUUAUCUUGAUUUGUCAUAGAGAGAAAUAAAUAUAUAUAUAUAUAGCCUACAUGUACCUUAUUUCGGUCUGUAGACAGUCACAAAUAUCAUGACUUGAAGUUGAUGUACAUGUACAUACAAGAUGCUCUGUUGUAAUUGUGCAAUCAAACAAAACUUGCAUAUUUUGUAAAUUAUGGCAUGGCUGGAAAUAUUCUGAAAUUGUUUUAUCUAAUGUACAGACUGGUGUGUAAGUUUACAUGAAGAAAUGCUAUACAAUCAUAUUUAUUUGUUUGUUUUUUAUGCACAACUAAAGGGAAUCCUUCCCAUUAUCAAGUUGAUUUAAAUAAAAGUCAUGUAUGUUAUGACAAACCUUGUGAAAAUGUAUAAUAUCAGAGUAGCAGAAAAAGUUUAGGAUGUUACAAGUUUAAGAGAUCAGAACAGUUUUCUUUCUUUUAAGAACUUCUUUCUAAUAUCUUGAGCAUUAUAUCAACUAAAGAUCCUGUACUAUUUUGUGUUGAUUAUGUAAUUAAAGGUAAUACAAAGUUUUGGUAGGGGGUCAUGAAUUUGGUUCAAAUGAACAUAUUGGAAGCAUGAUACGAUCCUACAAUAUUCAGUGAUCGUUG